CGGCCGCGCGCGACGCCGGCGACGGCGGCGACGGGGCGGGCGGCGCGUCGGACCGAGCGGGGCCCGCGGCGGCGACCAUGUGUGCGGGCGCGGCGGCGCUGCUGUGGCUGACGGCGUGUGUGCUCUGCUCGCCGGCGGCAGGUCUGCUGUGCACGUUCGAGGACGAUACGCCGUGCGUGUGGCGAUGGAACAGCACUCUGCUCAGGGUGACCGGACGCCAGGCGGAGGAGAUGGUCACCUCGCGGCCCGCCGGACAGAUGACGGCCACUCUGCGAGACGCCGAUAACCGCCGGGACGGUCACUAUCUGCUCAUGAGCAGCCACCGGAACGUGACGCAGGCGCAGAUCUGGUCGCCCUGGUACGAGGAGUCCGGCGAAGACUGCCGGAUAGAGAUGGACAUCUGUUCCCACACCCUGAGGCGCACCAAGAUCGCCAUCGUCAUCAACAAGGAGCACGGCGAUCCGGUCUACAUGUCCUGGCACCCCAAACACACAUCCGGAGAGUGGAACAAGUUUACAGAGAAAAUAAGUAAAAUCAGGGAACGUUUUCAUUUGAUCAUUGAGAUGAAAGACCUCGGCGGUAAGACUCCAAAUCACAUCGGGAUCGACAACAUUCUUCUGAAGGACUGUAUGAGAGAAACGCAGCCGACGCAGCAGCCGUGCGACUUUUUCCAGUGCUACAACAACAAGUGUCUGAGCGCCGACGACGUGUGCAACAUCAAGAGAGACUGCCACGACGGCGAGGACGAGUCCGAGGACCAGGGAUGCGGCAAGACCCCGCCAGGGACACCGUGCGACUUUGAGUCGGGCCAGUGUGGCUGGAAACGGGGCCAGGGCGAGCUCGAGUGGAAGUACCGUUCGGGCCACGAGGCGGCAGCGUUUGGGCGGACCCCCACCUACGACCACACCGUGGGAAACGCCAGUGGCCAUUUUAUGCUGGCGGAGUUCAUUAGUGGCCUGUUCUCGGCUCACGGAGAGCUGGUUUCGCCGGCGUUUCCGCCAAUGCCUGCCUUCAACAGCGACCCACACUCACCCUACUACAAGUCGUGCAAGUUCCGUUUCUCCAUCCACAUGACGGAGGAGCACUCUGGGGCAGCGUCCGUCUACAUCCUCGACUCGCACAACCGGCAGGAGGUGUGGCGCUUCUACGGCAGGAUGAAGACCAGCGAGUGGUCGCAGGAGGUGGUCGUCCUGCCGACCAGCUUCAACGACAGUUAUUACCUGGUCAUUGGAGCGGCAAAAAGCCUCUCCAGCAAGGCCUCAAUCGGGAUUGACGAUUUAUCGUUGAGCAGAGAGUGUUUCGCCCAAGGCGUACCAGACCGGUACCGUCACCAGUACAAAUACAAUCUGAGCAAUCCAGACACCUGGCUUCCGAAGACUCCAGCCCUUCCAGAACCGAAUGGCACAGUGUUCUCAUUCGGUACCUGCGGCGCCUCCGGUCGCGAUGGACCGCAGCAGCGCGAGUGUAACGCCGCCUACAAGAACCGCACGGCGUCACACGUCAGCGUGCUGGACGCACCCACCUACAAGGGGGUCCAGGUGUGGCGAGUCCCGGCCACCGGCAUCUACUCGCUGGUGGCUCGCGGCGCCAGCGGAGGCCAGGGGUUCGACACCUCAAGCCGGGUCAGUCUGGGCUCCACGGCCGUUUCCGUGGUGUCGCUCACGGAGGGAGAGGAGGUCUACAUGGUGGUCGGCCAGGAGGGCACCGGGCCUUGCAACAAGGACAGCCAGGACAACUUGAACAGGACGCUGGAGCGGUGCAAGCCCUCCACCCACCCCACCGACCUGAAGGUGCUGCAUCCGCUGCACGGGUUCCGCUCCGCGGCCUCCGGCUACCACCGGCGCCGUGGCCGGCGCUGGCUGGCCAGACGCGACGGCAGCAUUCUCCACAACCUGAAGUCGAUCACAUUCGUGGGCGGCGGCGGCGGCGGAGGAGGAGGAACGUUCGUCUUUCUGGUGAGGAACAGUCAGCGCGUGCCUCUGGUAGUAGCCGCCGGCGGCGGAGGCCUCUCCGACAAGAAGGGCGUGAUGCACUCUCCAGAUGGGCGAGGCGAGAACCACACCCUGGGAAGCGGCAACGGUCGUUUCUCCGACUCGGAGGCCGCUGGUGCCGGCGGCGGCUGGAACGACUCAGAGCCGGUCGGCGCUGGCGGCUGGCCCCUGUCGCUGGGGGCGCGGGGUGGCGAGCCCUGCGCUACGGCUGCUGACUGGAGCACUUAUGGUGGCUUCGGCGGCGGCGGUGGCGGCUGUAGAGGCGGUGGCGGUGGAGGUGGAUACGCAGGAGGAGACACGAUCGAUGGUGUGGACAAGAGUGGUCGCGGCGGCACCAGUUACACAUCUGGACUGUACCGUGUCGUAGAUCCGGCCAGUCACAUCGGCCCAGGGGAGGUGCACAUCAUACCGGCCUUCAAGGGCUGUCAGUGCGAGCACCUGUGUGUGGCCAUCAACAGCCAGAUGAGUUCGGUGCGCUGCAUCUGCCGGGACAACUGGACGCUGAUGGAUGACAAACGCUCCUGCCAAGGUCCGCCAGGACUGCCCCAUCGACAGCAGUGGUCCAACACGUCACGAAUCCUAUUCGUGGCUCUGGCCGCCGUGUUCCUGGCCGUCGUCGGGAGCCUGGCCGGCUGCUAUUACAACGUGUAUCAGCGUAAGAAGGUGAUGGGCCGGCGUCGUGACCUGGCCAGUGGCGGUCUGCAGCUGAAUCGACUCCGCGGCUCGGCAGGAGAUAUUCUCACAGAGUACAACCCCAACUAUGAGUUCGGCGGCGCGCUGCCCUGCACCAAGGACCUGCGCGAGAUACCGCGACAGAACCUUACGCUAGUAAAGGAGCUCGGGAAAGGGGCGUUCGGACAGGUGUACCAGGGCUACCUGAAGAACUACGUCAGUGACUCGGUUGAGAUGCCCUGUGCGGUCAAGACACUAGCCGAGCUGUCCUCGGAGCAGGCGGAGAUGGACUUUCUGAUGGAGGCGAUGAUCAUGUCCAAGUUCGUACACCCCAACAUCGUCCACUUUAUCGGCGUCAGCUUCGAGCGACACCCGCGCUUCAUAGUUUUGGAGCUCCUCUCUGGCGGCGACCUGAAGAGUUUUCUGCGAGAGAGCCGUCCCACACCGGAGCGGCCGCCGAAUCUAAAAAUACAUGAUCUCCUUACCUGUGCCAUCGAUGUGGCAAAAGGGUGCGAGUAUCUGGAGAACAAACGCUUCAUCCAUCGAGAUAUCGCCGCUCGGAAUUGCCUGCUAACCACCAAAGGCCCUGGAAGAGUGGUGAAGAUCGCGGAUUUCGGCAUGUCGAGAGACAUCUACCGGGCCGACUACUACCGUAAGGGCGGCAGGACCAUGAUCCCGGUGAAGUGGAUGCCGCCCGAAGCCUUCCUGGACGGCGUCUUCACCACCAAGACCGACGUCUGGUCGUUUGGAGUGCUGCUCUGGGAGGUGAUGACGCUCGGCCAGCUGCCGUACCCGGGCCGCGGGAACACAGAGGUGAUGCAGCUGGUCAUGGACGGUGGUCGGCUCGAUUCGCCCUCCAACUGCCCCGCUCCCGUGUACGGCGUUAUGUGCCAGUGCUGGCAGCGCGUGCCGGAGGAGCGACCCACCUUCGCCACCGUCCUGGAGCGGCUCGACUACUGCCUCCAGGACCCGGACGUGAUGGCCGCGCCGCUGCCCGUGUUCGAUCGAGUCGGCUCCACGGACAAGGACAUGACGGUGAUGCGUCCGUCUGACUCCGAGCCUCUGGUGCCGCUGGACAGCCACAAGCGGCGCGGCGCCGACACGCCCGCCUCCUCGUCCUCUGCCGAUUACCUGGUGCCCACGCAGCCCAGCAGCCACUCGCUCAACACGGUGCGCACCGACCUGGCCUCGGAGCCGAGCUGGGAGGACGUGCGCGGCUCGCCCACCGAGCGGCCGCUCGUCUCCGAGACGUCCUUCACCACGCCGGAGCGGAGCCGCGGCAGCGCGUCGUCGGGCGGCGGCGCGGCGGCCGGCUCCGCAAUGUCGGGCUCUCCGAGUGGCCAGCCGCUGCUACAGCAGUCGCCCGACGAGCCGCCCGACUGGCCGCCGCCGGCCUCGACGCGGCACCGACACCGACGCGGCUCGCCGGCCGAGCGGGCUGCGCUGCUCGACCCGCUGCCGCCGGCGCCACCUCCCCCGCCGCCGCCAUCAUCGUCCGCCGCUGCGGCGCCCUCCUCCGACCCCCGGCGCAAGGCCAAGUGGGCCCGGAAACCGAGUCCGCUGAAGCUGGAUCCGGGCGGACUACCGCCAAGCUCCGGCGGCGCAACGGCCCGCCCGCCUCCGCCCUACAUGAAUGUGGGCGCAGAGGGCGGUCUGGCAGCGGUGGCCAUGCCACGGACUAGCUCAUACGACAAGGCACUGGGCAGGACGGAGCCCUGUAUAAUCGGCAUCUCCACACCCAAAGCGGACGCCGAGAAAAAUCCAAACUACAGUGAGAUCCACUGCUAGUGGGGCUGGGGCGAGAUGUGCGUGACGUGUUUGUGGGACGUAGGACGUUGGACGUGUUCGUGGCAUGGUCAGGUCGACCGGGUGCUAUCAAACAACUCGUGAAAAGUGUGAACAGACCGCGAUCGCGCUGUCUCACUGUCGAAGCGGUGCUGUCUAUUUUGAUGCUUAGCGGGCGGUGUGCUUCAGUGUUUGGUGUGUCGGGAUACCUCAAUAUGUGAUGUGUUGAACGCUCGCUGCCGUGGCUGGCAGGUCUGGUGUUAUGCGACACAGCGGUGCGUGUCUGUGUAUGUCUGGCUGUUACGUUGGUUUUGCAUAGACCCACUGGUGUUGCAGGGCGUGGCUCAUGGACAAUUGUUGGAACGUCGGAUUUAAUGCCGGAUUGUGCAGCUCAGUUAUCGGUAUUGCGCUUAGAUUGCCGUGAGUUUAGUUAUUUUCAUGCAGGGUAUUCGUAAUGCCUAGUCGUAAUCUGUUAAUAUGCAGGGUUAAGAGCUUGAAUCCUUAGACAUGUACGAGUACUUCUACGUCAUUCUGCGUUGCCUGCUUACCUGUACCUAAACUGCGGCAGAUACGUCGAUCGGUUUCUCACCCAGCGCCUAUGGGCUCCGUGAAGGUGACACGACUCGAGCCGGCCCAGCUGCAGCCCCCGUGAACCCCUCAACAUCGAUCGGAGCCCUCAGAAUUCCAUCACCCCCGUCGCGCCUCACCGGCUCUAGAUUUCUAUCGAAGGAUGACGAAACAAUCCGACCGUCCCAACUCUAAGGUCAUUCAGUGACCCUCAGCUUUGGGCGCGCUCCAAGAUGUCGAAUGCAAUCAGAAGGGGCUCAGCCAACACGAAACGGCUACUUGUCGUCGCAGGUGGCGAUUCACAAUGCUUUGUAUCCCAUAAACAGGUGAAAGAUGAUGUUUUUCGGGAGCGGCUACAUCCUACCAAUGUAGUACUGAUGUCCUUACCCAACAUUAACCCUUUUAGUGACCCUAACUAGCCCAUUAAUUAAACAUUUUGAAUUUAAAUAUCGCAGAAAACAACAUAAAUUAUUACCAAACACAUAUAUCAUGCUACUUUCGCCAUAUAUUUUCACCCUUCUUCUGAUUUGCCCUAUAGCCCGGCUCGGAUGUGAGGCACCGGUCGGCAGUGGCGGUGGCCGCGUCUUGCACCCCGUGUCGAGAUGAUUCGGCGCAUCUGAAGCCCGGUGUCGUGCCGGGCACAGCGACCACCGUCACGAGCAGGCCACCGCCCGCUGUGGAUCGCACGUAACGAGGCUCACCUGACGAUCCAGUAGAUCCAACGGAGAUCCAGGGCACAACUCAGCACCGCACCAAGCAGAUCCAAGUGAGAGGAACUUCCUCGUCCUAACGAAGCCAGACGCGUUGUUCGGUUGGUUGAUUUUUCGGUUCCCUACAUACCGAGUUGAGCCUGAUGCAAAAAGAUCCAGCCUCCAUCCUGGCACUAUCCAAUGCUUAGCCGCACUCUUAUCUGUCUGAUAUCCUGAUGUGUUGCGGGUCCGGGGCGCUCAAACACUGGCAGAUGGGGGAUGUGUGUCAGGGCGGCGCUUGGUGUCUGUUUCUGAUUUCGUUGGAUUGGCCGGUGUGUCUGUCACUGGUGUGUGAUAUAUGUGCGUUAUUAAAGUCGCCGGUAUCACCCUGCUGGUGUGCUUUGGUUUAUUUGAGACUGGGUCCUUGUAUUUUUGUAUUUCUUGCCGAAUUAUAACGUGAAACGUAAAAUGGAAACUCGUGUGGGUGGUGAGACAUGGUUCCAUACCGCGAAGUUCAAUAAGGAACUUGUUUACAACACGUUUUGUCGGAUGUGCUGAGACGUUAAAAGGGCGACAAUGAUAUUGCAGCUGAUAUUUCUUAUUCGAUCUAUAGGCAGACGAUGCUUCAUAAUUCUGCUUCCAGGCAGGUGCAUCGAGAAUCAGUGAAUGCGGUACAAUUAUCGUCACACGACGUGAUUGCCUGUAAUUACGUUCAUGCACUGUAUUUUUGUCAUAUCGCCAGUGAGGUCGUAAAACGCUCUCACGGCAGCUUUGUUGAAAUGACAACCACUGGGCUCAACUGGUCAGGUGUUUGUGAACUGUGAGUUGACUGUGUCUGUGUUUUGGGUGCUGUUGACCGCUACGCCGCGCUGGCGAGCGGUGUACGGCGCAAUGAGUACGUGUAUCUGUGCUGGGUACUUGUGCUGGUACUGAGUACGAACACGUGUACCGGGUGCGUGUACCUCGCCCGACGGUCUGGAGUUUGCGCCAAACGACGAGGCGGCUGUGAUUGCAGUUCUGUCUAGAUGGGUGUGAGUGUCUGCCCGAGCCGGACACCACUCAUGUGAAUACAUAGACUUGUAACGAAA